CGCUCAGACUGUCCGCGAAGCAGCGACGCUUCCAUUCCGGCUCCGGAGCGUCUCUGUCAGUGUGAUGGCUGGUCGGACUGCUGCUGCCUCCAGGUUGACUCACACCGACCAUGACCCGACUCCCAGCUCCUGGAGGAAAAUGAUCCGUCUCCCAGCUUCACUGUGAGUCUAAAGUUUCCUCUUCAUGGACCUGAAGUCGUCGCCCUCCGUCCCUGGAGACACCGCAGGGGGUCCGGCGGCUUCCUGAUCUCGGGAGCAGAGAGGAGAAGUGAGCUGAGAGCAGAGUGAGAACGUCUGUGGAGCCGUCAUGGGGAAGGAGCAGGACCUGCUGCUGGCUGUGAAGAACGGAGAUCUGCUGCAGGCCCAUAAACUGCUCUCUAAAGUCAAAGCCAACAAGAGCAAGCUGCUGGGCUCCACCAAGAGGCUGAACAUCAACUACCAGGACCCAGAUGGCUUCUCGGCGCUGCACCACGCCGCUCUGACCGGCACCACCGAGCUGCUGUCGCUGUUGCUGGACGCCCAGGCCCAAGUGGACGUCAAGGACGUCAACGGCAUGCGUCCCCUCCACUACGCGGCGUGGCAGGGGAAAGCCGACUCCGUCCUCCUGCUGCUGAGAGCCGGCGCUUCAGUCAACUCCCCGUCUCACGAUGGACAGAUCCCGUUACACCUGUCUGCCCAGUACGGACACUACGAGGUGUCGGAGAUGUUGCUGCAGCACCAGUCCAACCCCUGCCUCAUGAACAAGGCCAAGAAAACGCCGCUGGAUCUGGCCUGCGAGUUUGGCCGGCUGAAGGUGGCUCAGUUGCUGCUGAGCAGCAACAUGGUGACAGCUCUGCUGGAAGGAGAGGGAGGAGGAGGCGGAGACGGUGUGGACUCGUCCUCCACCACUCCGCUCCACCUGGCUGCCAGGAACGGACACAAAGACAUCAUCAAGCUGCUACUCAAAGCCGGCAUCGACAUCAACCGAGCCACCAAGGCGGGCACGUCGCUGCACGAGGCCGCCCUCUACGGGAAGACCGAAGUGGUGCGGCUGCUGCUGGACGCCGGCGUCAACGUGAACAUGCGAAACACUUACAACCAGACGGCGCUGGACAUCGUCAACCAGUUCACCACCUCCACGGCCAGCAGGGACAUCAAGCAGCUCCUCAGAGAAGCAUCAAGUUCUCUCCAAGUCAGAGCGGUGAAGGAUUACUGGAACCUCCAUGACCCGACUGCGCUCAACCUGCGGGCCGGGGAUCUCAUCAUGGUCCUGGAGCAGCACUCGGACGGCCGCUGGAAAGGUCACAUCCACGACAGCCAGCGGGGGACGGACCGGGUGGGCUUCUUCCCCCCGUCCGUGGUGGAGGUUCUCAGCAGGAGAGCAGGGGGCACUCUCUCCCGCCAAGCCUCCAUGCCCUGCAGACAGCACUUUGCUUCCCGAGCUCCUCCCUCCAGCCACGGCCACGCCCCCCAGACCGACGACUCCUACAUCCUGGGCUACGAUCCGUCAGGUGCUCCACCGGGCAGUCAGCUCUCAGCCUCAGCUAGUCCUGCUAGCCCCACUCAGGAUAUUUGGGUCCUCAGGAACUCUCCCACUGGUGAUAGAAACAGCGUGGGCAGCGCCGGCAGCGUGGGCAGCAGUCGCAGCGCCGGCAGCGGCCAGAGCUCGGACAGCAACCACAAACAGAACGGGACCCAGAACCGGCACAACGCCGACCCCGGCAAGCUGGCGCCCUCUGCUGGUGAACCAGGAGACCACAUCCACAUCUCAGGAGCAGACCACAGCAAACCGGCGGACGGGUGCUCAGGGGUCUCCCGUCGCCAGGUCAACGGUACCCCUCAGAAAGGCUUCAUGAGGCCGGAGCAGCUUCUGGAGGGCAAAGACUCGGAAGCCAUCUACCAGUGGCUGUGUGAGUUCCAGCUGGAGCAGUACACGUCCAACUUCAUCACUGCAGGAUACGACGUCCCCACCAUCAGCAGGAUGACCCCCGAGGAUCUCACAGCGAUCGGAGUGACCAAACCAGGACACAGAAAGAAAAUCUCCAUGGAGAUCGGGAAACUGAGUAUCCCCGAGUGGCUCCCCGAUUACAUUCCGUCCGACCUGGGGGAAUGGCUUAGUGUGAUCGGUCUGCCUCAGUACCAGAAGAGGCUGAGUGAUAACGGCUACGACUCCAUCACUAUUGUGAAGGACAUCACUUGGGAGGACCUGCAGGAGAUCGGCAUCACCAAACUGGGACAUCAGAAGAAGCUAAUGCUAGCAGUGAAGCGGCUGUGUGACCUGCAGCGCUCUCGUAACCAUGCCGACCGCACCGGAGGAGGGACCCUCAGACGAAAGCCCCCCGCCGCUCUGGAGCUGGUGGCCAUUGAACACAACGCGCACGCCCAGGUCCGCCCCGACGGGCCUUCCGAUGAGUGCUGCUCCUCCCCCCGGACCCCCAGGGCCCUGCUGUCCUUCCAGGACAGCGAGCUGAGUGCUGAGCUUCAGAGCGCCAUGAUGGGCCGGGCGGGAGGCGGAGUCUCGGAGACAUUCGUCAUCAGAGGGGUGUCCAGCGCCGCAGGCGUGACCGCCAUGUCACUCAGCCAGGAGAGCAUCAGCAUGCGAUCCAGGGGGUCGGGGAAUUCUGGGAAUUCUGGAAACUCCAAUUUGGGAUAUUCCCAGGACCAUCCGGCCGCUCUGUCUUCAGCCAGGACAACGAGCCAGUCGGAGGAGAGUCUGGAAGGCGGAGCAGGAGACGAAUCCAGGCAUGGCAAAGACGGCAGUCCCGGGAUGAGGAACCGACAGAGACCCUCUGAAAUGUGGGAGCAGCACAGUCGGUCCGCUACCCCCAACAAAGUCCCCUUCUCCCCCAUCACACCUCCUCUAACUCCCAGCAAGAUGCCCCGCUUCGCCUACCCAGCCGUGCCCCCAAAGGCCAAACAUUUCCAGUCCCCCAACCGUCUUUAUCAACCACAGCAGCACCUGCCACCCUCCUCCUCCCCCUCCUCCCCUCCGCCGCAGGCCUCCCCCACUCAGAUGGCAUUCAGCUACCUGCAGGCUCAGGCGGGGGGCAUGAACGGCGCCCCGCGGCUGCUCUCCAAACCUCUGCCCGGUGCCGUCCCGCUGCUCAUACCCCCGCCUGCACAACCCCGGGCUAACGAUGCACAGAAAGCCCCGCAGAAGAAACGCAGUCAAAGCCUGACUCGAUACGCUCUGUCGGACGGCGAGCCCGACGAGGACGAGGACCAAGCUCCCCCCUGCACGACGGCCUCCUCCGCCCUCAUGCCGUCGUACGCCACCUUGUCCCGCCGGCCAGGACGUGGCCACACGAGCGCCUCGGGGGCUCAACGCCACAUCAACCGAAGCCACUCGUUCGCCGUGCGCUCACGGCGUAAAGGCCCUCCGCCACCACCGCCCAAGAGGAUGAGCUCGGUCAGCAGCAGCCCCGUGCGGCAGCUGGAGAACGGCCGAGACGAAGAGGCGGAGCUGAAGGGCAACGUGGAGGCGGAGACUGUAGGAACAGUGAGGAGCAUUGCUGCAAGGCUGGAAGGAAGCAGCAGCGGCGGCAGCAGUCCGUCCAGGAGGAUCGAUAUCCCACCGGGUCACAUCCCAGGCUCUCCUGUUUUCAGCCCGGCGUCCUCCCCGAUCCUACACGGGUUUCCCGCCAACGUCAUUCUGCAGCACUCCAAGCCCGUCCCUGUCCUGGGUGUGGGUGGUCUGAGGAGGGGGGGCAGUGAGAGAGCGGAGGGAGGACCUGACAGACCGAGAAGUGCAAGUACGGAGUCAACAUCUGAAGAGAAAGCACAGAAGAUCGAAAGAAUAUCGAAGAGUGCUUCUCCGUCUCCGAAGCACAGAUCCGGGAGUCGCCUGCCUUUUGCUGAAGAAGGAAAUCUCACCAUCAAACAGCGACCCAAGGUCACGGUGGUGGGUCAGCCUGAAGUUAAGGCCCCCUCAGAUCCAGUCCAAGCACCGACCAGUCUGGAGCUGCCAGAGUUUAAUCUGAAAGAGUCUGACACGGUGAAAAGACGACACAAACCCAAAGAGAAGGACACGUCCACACCGGAGGAGCCCACCACACCCAGCAAGGCAGACCCCCGGUCUCAGGCCAGCAGCUUCCACUCCCACAGUGAAGUCAGCACAAUGAGUGAGGAGGAGGUCCAGAGGCCGGGACACGUCUUCCAGAGAAUGGGUUCUUUGGGUAAAGGUCCAAAACCUCCAGUGUCUUCCAAACCUUCCAGUCCUUUCAAACAGCCCCCGAGCAACGGACCAACAUUCCCUCCAAAGACUCUUUCCUCGCUGCAGGCUGGCGCACACACGGCCAUUCCUAAUCUCACCAGCGUGCAGAUUCACACGGUUUCCCCGAAGCUGAGUGGCAGCAUGCACACGCAGACGUGUGUGUCCAGUCCUAAACCUGUCAGACACCCACAUAUGGUCCUGUCCAAGCCCGAGGGUCCACAGAAAGCUGCAACCUUGACGGGAUCCAGACUUCCACAGCCCAGCGCAGCUUUCGCACCAACAGCAGUACACAAUGUCUGUGGAGUUCAGAGUGUGGCCUUCACUGCCCCGUCCUCCCCGGUGCCCACCUCCUGCUACCCAGGUCAGACUUCUAAAGCAGGAGGAGUCCCGCCUGGUGUGGCCGGGCUGGAGGUCCUGGCCCAGAAGAGGCUGGAACAGACCAGCACGUCACUGGAGGCAGCUCUCAAAGUGGUGGAGAACCGACUGGCACAAGACAGCAGUGCAGACGGCGGCUGCAGCACGGUGAAGGCAGCAGGAAACAUCCUGGACGACAUCGGAAACAUGUUCGACGACCUGGCCGACCAGCUGGACGCCAUGUUGGAGUGACCCUUCCCCUUGCCUCCCCACGCACACUUUCGUUCCUCAGAUCAGACAGAAAACUGAUGAACCUUUGACAGGAAGCAGGAGUUUCCACUUCCUGUCCUCUGGACACUGUCCGAGACGGGAAACGAGGGUCCAUCUGAUUCACUUUACUGUACAUGUGUAGAUGAGUUUAUGUGGAUGUGGUUAGAAAUCUUUAUACUGAAUUUAUUGAGUUCCAGAUAUAUUUAUAUGUUGUUGUUUUUUAACAGAGGGACUUCCUAUCGACUGAUUCACUGCUGAAACCAUCUACUGUACAUGAGCAAUACUCUGCUACAUUUUUAAAUACAUUGCUGCUUAUUGUGUGUAACUAAAGAGACACUUCAUUGGAUUAAAAGAUUAUUACAUUUGAA